AUGAUAUCUGUUCCAGAGCAAGCACCAACUCAACCAGAAAUCCAAUCCCCUAUCAUAGAAGAAAUUCAUAACAAGCAUAGUGGGAGACUAUUUAUUUGGCAACUAACAUGCCUUGGUUUGGGUGAAGUAUUAAAAUCUUUCAAAAAGCCUAUUGAUAUUAUCAAACAAUCUACUCCUUCAAGGAAAGCCGAAGCACAAUCUAAAGAUUUAGAAUUACCAAAUGAUAUUGUCGUAAUUGAAAAAGAUUAUUUUAGCAAUAAUCCUGUAUCGAAAUCUGGAAAAUUAGUUGAAAAUGAAGACAAUUCUCAAAGAACAAAAGGAAAAGCUACUGGUUCUAUAACAAUACCUAUGACUGUUUUUAAAAAAUUCGUACCAUCUCCAAAUGGAAAACUGUUUGCAACCGGAAGUGCAGACAAAACAAUAAAAGUAUAUGAUAUUACCACUGGGUCUGCACAAUCCGUUACAUCUGUUUCAUUUAAUGAUACAUCUGAAAUGAUUGUUGGAGCGUCAAACGAUAAUUCAGCAAGAUUAUGGCUAUUAAGAACUGGUAGGACAAGACUCACUUUAACUGGGCACAUUGGUAAAGUCGGUCAUAUGGAUAACAAUUUAAGAUUUUGGGAUUCAAGGUCUGGUAAAGAUAUUAAAGAAAUAACCGAUAUUCAUAUGGGACAAAUCACAUCUGUCUCAGUUUCUCCUGGUAAAUAA